AAAUAAAAUCUGUUAAUAACUGCCAAUUUUUAGAGGGGAAAAUAAUUUUGAAUAAUUAAGUUCACACUACAUUGAGAAUGCUCUAGUCUGCAUGAUUAUCUUUGUGCAUUUUCUUUCAAUCUUUGAGCAUUUUCUUUGUUCAUCAAUAUAUAACAAGAUCAUCUUCCUUACUGUAAAGAAACGAUUCUGACACAUUCUGCUUAAGAUAGUUCAUCAAUAUAUCAUCUUCGCCACCAGAUUGAUGACGGAGAAACGCUCGGUGGUCUGAGGAGUAGUCAGCAACUCUGAAACAUAUGGAGAAAUUUUGCGGUAGAAGAUCCAAAUCCGAUGUGUUAAUUCGAUCGUUAGAGAAGGUUGACAGGAUUAGUGAGUUACCAGAUGAGUUACUAAUUCACAUACUUUCUUUUCUUCCACCUAAAUUCGCUUGCACAACCAGCGUUCUUUCGAAGAGGUGGAAACCACUAUGCAAAUUCCUCACUGUUCUCCGUUUUGAUGAUAAAUCGGUGAAAGACUUUAUGGAAUUCAAUUUCUUCAAUAUUUUUAUCAACAAUGUCAUGCUAUCCAAAGACAUGCAACGGCAGCCUAUCAAAGCGUUUCACCUUAGGUGUCAUUCUGCAUUCUUACUUUUCAACCAUAAUGAUUGGAUUGAAGCUGCAAAACAGCGUGGUGUCGAGGAUCUGCAACUCUCCAUGCUUACGUUCAAAACAGCCUUCUCUAUACUUAUCCGGUACUACGCGGAGGGAUUUCAAACCAUAUCACCCAGCAGCAUUUUCAGCUGUCGGACCCUUGUGAUACUCAAACUCAAGAGGUUACGUGUGGCGGGUAAAAUUUUGUCUUUUGAUCUUCCCUCGCUUAAAACCCUUCAUUUAAAAGGUGUUUAUUUACAAAAUUCAGAAGAUCUCAAGAAGCUUAUUUCUGCAUCAUUGGUUCUCGAGGAUUUGUAUAUUAUGGUUGGCUACAUUGAACGAGCGAGUAUCCCAAUCAGACGAGUGAAUGAUCUAUAUCAUGUUUUAUUUAAAGCAAUAUAUUAUGAUGUCCAGUUUCUACGGUUAGAGCCGAAGCUUCCCAAUGAAAACAUCAUUUCCUAUUUCAAAGGCUCUCCCGUCUUUCGAAACUUAAUCCACCUUGAAUUAUUGUUUCAUCACUUUCAUGGCUGGGAUGAUGUUGUCGAUGUGCUCCAACAUUGUCCCAACCUUCAAAUUCUUUCGGUUGAAAAGGUUACACAAAUCCCGAAUAUCACCUUUCGGAACAGCUGGUUUCGUACAUGGGAGUUGACAUUGAAAAUCAAUCUGGAGAAGUACACAAACUGGAAAUGUCCAAAUUAUGUUCCUAAAUGUGUUUCAUCUCACCUCAGAUCAUGUGCUGUAACUGCAACCUAUCACAGCAGAAGGGAUGCACUUCUAUUUGCAACAUAUAUUUUACAAAAUGCGCAACUUUUACAGGCCAUGACAAUCAGAUAUGCAGCUUUCUCCAAUUCAAUUUACGACUGGAUGUUUUUCAAUGAAUUAAACUCGUGUCCGAAGCUUUCAGCCAUUUGUGCAAUUUCAGUUGAAUAUAUUUAGAAAGGUUUACAAGCACACCAAUUAAGUUUGAUGUUUAACUUUCCAUUGCAUUCACAAUUUACGCCGAGUAUGUUCAGUAUUUUGAUAUUUUCAACUAUCUAAAGAAAAGAAGUGUGACUUUUCAUUUCAAUGAUUGUUUAAUUUAAUUAUCCUUGAGAGCGGCAAUGCCUAAUAAUGUGGGCAUUUAAGUUGCUUGGUCCUGAAGCUAUCUUGAUGGCCUCAUUUUUACUGCAAUAUUAACUUUGCUUUGAAAGUGUAACUUUAGGUGCCUCUUAU